UUUAAAUGUGUUAAAUAUUGAAAUUAUAUUGCGCCAUGGAGAGGCUAAACGAUGAUUGUGUGUGCCAUAUACUGGAGUACCUGCCACUGGUGGAUCAAAUAAAGAUGUGUCGACUGUCGCCACGCUUCCGGGAGCUGCUCUGCCUGAUUGUGUGGAGGAAGCCGCGGUAUCGGAAUGUCUCCGUGUCGGAUGCCAUGCUGAAGCCUUUGAGCAAAACGGACUACGUCUACUUCUUUGAGCUGACCAGCGCCGCCAUGGAGGAGCUCUACAUAUGGAAUGUGCAUUCAAAGGCAUUCGAUUCGUACCUGGGACGCCACCUGCUGCGUCCCGAACUGAGCUUCUAUCUGCGCCGAGACUUUAGUAAUCUGAAAGAGCUUUGCAUUGCAGAUGAGAACAUGAACAACAGCAUGGUCAACACCGUAGCCAAGAACUGUCGCCAGUUGCGCUGUCUGAGCGUAUCCAGCGCCUAUGUGACGGGCAAGCACAUGAUUGGUCUGACCAAGCUCGAGUCGCUGGUAGCCCGUGAAUGCUCCAUUGAGACGGAGCACCUAAGAGAGAUACUGGAUCAGCUGUCGCUGACCCAUCUGGAUCUCACCGCAAACAGGCACCAAGUGGAGGAGACUAUCCUUCAGAAUGCGGGCGCCAAGCGUCUCCAGCGUCUGGGAAUUUCCGAUGCUCAGGACUAUGGCUUUCUCUUGGCCGACCAUCUGCCUCAGCUAACCACACUGGUGGUUAGCUACCACAAGGUGACGCCCCAGGAUCAGCUUGAUAUGUUGGAAACUACACGUAGACGGGUUGAGGACUCGCCCGGUAAAUUUCCCAAGCGACUGCAAUCGAUUCUAUGCAAUGUUGUGGAUGUGGAGGUCGCUCUCGAGCAGAUAGCUGGUCUCGAGAAGCGUCAUCCAAGAGAUACACCAAAGUUUAGUGAGAUUUUAAAAAUUAUGUACUUCCUCUCCAAGCCAGUGGGGAGCGACAAGACGACGCCCCCUUGAGAUUGUUAUUGGUCUAGAUGUUUGCCUAUGCUAUCAGAUAAGUUUCACCCAAAUGAUGAGCCAAACUGACAGGAGUAAUAGGUAUCUGUCUGGCGUCUAUCUACCGUUCUGCUACCGGUAAUUCCCUAGUGUAAUUUUUACUCUCUAUUGCUAAGUUUACUUUACUUUUGUUAUGUUUUGCGGCAGCCCCUUUGUGUUUCUAGGAGGAACUCUGUCGGAUGUGGCUGUGAUAGUAUUUCAUUGACUUGUUAAACUUUUCCCCAAUUAAUAUUUGUGUAGGUUUGUUUUGUAGUCAAAAUUCCACAGAUUAUACCUGUUUUUUCUGUUGAUCCAAUGGAUGUCAACUAACGAACCGAUUUUCGAUCCUCCCACCAGAAGUAGGGAGCACGAGUUGACGCUUUCGAUCCGUUGGUCCUUGUGUACCAUAUAUGUAUAUCAUGACUUCCCAUUAGGAUUAGAAUCGCUUCGCUUUGUUCUAUGUGUAAAUAAAUGUUGUUUGUUCUCUAAUC